AACCUGAACCCUAAGGACGCAUGGAGGUAACCCAGCUACGGUCGUCGAGUUAAAACAUCAAAAAAUGUCUAUAAAAAGUAUCAAAGUCCUGUCGAGGAACCCAGACCACCACCUUCGAGAGACUAAGAAUGAUAUACAUAAAAUACAGAGAAACUAUGACCCAGACCUUCAUCCUUUAGAGGCUGUUCGUGAGUAUAAGUUAGCCAUGAACGCUGUCAAACUAGAGAGGGUGUUUGCCAAACCUUUCAUUGGCAGCCUCACGCAUUCUGAAGGAGUUUCUGCCAUUUGUCGUCACCCGAGUAGAUUGUCAUGUGUGUUCACCGGCACAGUUGAGGGAGAGCUAAAGUUGUGGAACAUUACAAAUAAGAAAUGUGAAUGGACAAUACAAGCUCACAAUGGACAGAUAUGGUCUGUUGAAGCUGCUCCUGAUGGUGCUUCAUUUUUCUCUGUUGGGAACGACAAAACCAUAAAGCGAUGGUCAGUACAGCACGCUCGAGAGGAGAACGAAGAUUUACCUAUGGAUACCUGGCUGUGUGAUUCAAUCAUCACAGGCAUCACACACCACAGACACAAGAAUGAGUUCAUCACGUGUGGUGAGCGAGUGUUACUGUGGGACUCCAGCACUAAGGCACCCAAAUUUUCCUAUGACUGGAGCACAAGUGGAGAUCGCAAUGAUGCUAGUGUAGUAUCAGUCAAAUUCAACCCUGUUGAGACUGACCUGUUUGCUUCCAGCGACCAUGCAAAUAACAUCGUCCUUUAUGACACUCGAGCUAAAGAAGUAAAGAAGUUAAAGAUGACGAUGCGUGUCAAUGCCUUGGCUUGGAAUCCUAUGGAGGCAUUUAUACUGACUGCUGCUAGUGAGGAUUACAACUUGUACUCAUUUGAUAUUAGAAACAUGAAUAAAGACAACAGAGUCAUCAACAUUCAUGAAGGUCACACAUCCGCCGUCAUUGAUCUUGACUAUGCUCCAACUGGUCGAGAGUUCUGCUCGGGAAGUUACGACAGAUCUCUCAGAAUUUUUAGAACAGAUCAAGGAAAAAGCCGUGAUGUUUAUCAUACAAAGAGAAUGUUCAAGGUAAAUUGUGUUCUGUGGUCGGGAGACAAUAAGUACAUUCUCUCCGGAUCUUCUGACCACAAUGUGCGGGUGUGGAAGGCUGUAUCCCAUGAGAAGAUGGGGAUUAUGAAGUCCAGAGAACGUGCUUCCGUCAACUAUGCCGAAGAGUUGAAGAGAAAGUAUGGCCACUUCCCUGAGAUGAGAAGAAUACUGAGGCACAGACACUUGCCCAAGCACAUCUACCACGCCAGGCAGGAGCAUCGUAUCAUGAAGGACAGCCUAGCUAGGAAGGAGGAUAAUCGGAGAAGACAUUCUAAACGAGGCGCUGUUCCUCGUGUACCAGCCAGACAGAAGCCUGUUGUGGGCCUACAGGAUGAUGAAACAAGCAUGCCAGGGCCUUCAUUUAAUGAUGAUUAAUUAUCUUCAUAGUAUUGUGCUCUUUAGGGCAGGGUUGUAAGUCUUCACUUAAGGGUACAGUAUUGCAAGCCUAACAUGCUCCAACCUAACCCAAUCAAGUCAUUAGGCUUGGGGUCCCUUAGGAAUUGGCUGCAGUCCUCAAGGUUGAGUUAAGUUAAAGUUCAUCUUAACAGUUAAGAGACAGAUCAUCCAAAUACAUUAUCACAUGCAGUAUAAUAUUCAAUGUACUUUUGUUAUUGUUACAAUACCAUUUUACAUGAACUCAUCCAUAUUUGGUAAAAUAAAAGAAAUAAGAUUUU